UUGUUUUUUGGGGAUUACAUGUUUCCAGAUGAAGAUAUUAGAGUGUAUGAUGAAGUACAAGAUUUAGAACAAUUAUCAGAAGUCAUGAAUGGAUACCUAAAUGAUUAUAAUCAGAUGAGCAAAACUCCUAUGCAUUUGGUUUUAUUUAAAUUUGCCAUCGAGCAUAUUUCACGUAUAUCUCGAGUUUUAAAGCAAGAUAAUGGCCAUGUUCUUCUUGUUGGUAUUGGUGGAAGUGGAAGACAAAGUGCUGCUAGAUUAGCAACAUACAUGGCAGGCUAUGAGAUAUUUCAGAUUGAGAUAACAAAAAAUUAUACAAAUACUGAAUGGCGUGAUGACCUUAAAAAGGUCCUCCGAAAAGCUGGGGCAGAUGGAAAAGCAACUGUCUUCCUUUUCAAUGAUAACCAAAUAAAAGAUGAAUCAUUUGUGGAAGACAUCAAUAUGAUUUUAAACACAGGAGAUGUUCCUAACCUUUAUGCUGCAGAUGAAAAAGCAGAGAUUUUAGAAAAGAUGCAGACAGCUGCCAGAGACUGUGGCAAGAAAGUUGAUACUACUCCUCUGUCUCUGUAUAAUUUUUUUAUAGAAAGGGUGCGUCAAAAUCUUCAUUUAGUACUUGCAAUGAGUCCUAUUGGUGGAGCUUUCCGUAAUAGGUUGAGGAUGUUUCCAUCUCUCAUAAACUGUUGCACCAUCGAUUGGUUUCAGUCUUGGCCUGAUGAUGCUUUGGAAAUGGUGGCUAAUAAAUUUCUUCAGAGUGCUGAUAUUGAUUCUAAAAUCCGAUUAGCUUGUGUUAAAAUGUGCAAGCACUUCCAUCAAAGUGUAUACAAUAUGUCUGAGAGAUAUUACUUUGAGCUGCAACGAAAAAAUUAUGUAACACCUACAUCAUAUUUAGGACUCAUUCUAACAUUUAAAGAACUUUUAGCUAAAAAGCAAGGUGAUUUGCUAAACCAAAGGAACCGUUAUAUUGUUGGUUUAGAAAAAUUAGACUUUGCUGCCUCUCAAAUAGCUAUAAUGCAAGAUCAGAUUACUGCCUUACAACCAGAACUUGUGAAAAAAGCUGAAGAAAUUGAGAGUCUUAUGGUUGUAAUAGAAGCAGAAACUGUAGAUGUUGAGUCCCAAAAAGAGUUAGUUGCUGCAGAAGAAGCUGUAGCUAAUAAGAAAGCUGCUCAAGCACAAGCUAUUAAAGAUGAUUGUGAACGAGAUUUAGCUGAAGCUAUACCAGCUAUGGAAGCUGCUGUUGCUGCUUUGAAUACACUGAAGCCUGCUGAUAUUACUGUUGUCAAGGCAAUGAAAAACCCUCCUCCUGGUGUGAAGCUUGUAAUGGAAGCUAUCUGUAUUAUGCGAGGUAUAAAGCCAGAACGAAAGCCUGAUCCCAGUGGUUCUGGCAAAAUGAUUGAAGAUUAUUGGGGUCCUUCUCAAAAAAUGUUAGGUGAUCUGAAAUUUUUGGAUGCUUUAAAAUCAUAUGACAAAGAUAACAUCCCAGAACCCAUCAUUCAGAGAAUUCGUCAAAAGUACUGUACAAAUCCAGAUUUUGACCCUGCUGUUAUAAAAAAAGUAUCAGUGGCUUGUGAAGGAUUAUGUCGUUGGGUAAGAGCUAUGGAUGUAUAUAAUCGUGUCAAUAAAGUUGUUGCCCCGAAAAAGAUAAAGCUGAAAGAAGCUACAGCUGAAGUUGCAGUUCAGAUGAAAGCUUUAAAUGAAAAGAAAAAAGCUCUGAAAGCUGUCACAGAUAAGCUGCAGGAACUCAAUGACACAUUUACUAGCAAAACCAAAGAAAAAAAAGAUUUGGAAGAGAAUUUAGAGCUUUGUGAACAAAAGAAAGAGCGAGCUACAAAAAUGAUUGAUGGUUUGGGUGGUGAAAAGGACAGAUGGAGUGCAGCAGCUGAAAGUCUUACUCUUGCUUAUAAUAAUAUUGUUGGUGAUGUUCUUCUGUCUUCAGGAGUUAUUGCUUAUUUAGGAGCAUUUACAGUUGAUUUCAGACAGGAAUGUACAUCAUCAUGGAAAUAUCUCUGCAAAGAAUCAGGUAUACCAUGUUCCGAUGAUUUUUCAGUCAUAGAAACAUUAGGUGAGCCUGUAUUAAUCAGAGCUUGGCAAAUUGCUGGACUACCUGUUGAUAAUUUUUCUGUGGAAAACAGUAUCAUUGUAAAAUUUGGAAGAAGAUGGCCUUUACUUAUAGAUCCUCAAGGGCAAGCAAGCAAAUGGAUUAAAAAUAUGGAAAAAGACAAUAACUUAGAUGUAAUAAAAUUAACAGAUAGCAAUUAUAUACGUGUUUUAGAAUAUGCUUUGCAGUUUGGUCAUCCUGUUCUGCUUGAAAAUGUUGGAGAAGAAUUAGAUCCAAUUCUAGAACCUAUACUGACUAAAGCAAUUUAUAAAGAAGGAGGAAUGGAGAUGAUAAAAAUUGGUGAUAAUGUGGUACAAUAUUCACAAGGUUUCAGGUUUUACAUCACAACCAGACUACAGAAUCCUCACUAUUUACCUGAAAUUUCUGUUAAGGUGACCUUGAUUAAUUUCAUGAUUACUCCACUUGGACUGCAAGAUCAACUGUUAGGCAUAGUUGCUGCAAAAGAAAAUCCAGCUCUAGAAGAAAGUAAAAAUAAAUUGAUAUUAGAGAGUGCAGAAAACAAGCGUCAGUUGAAGGAAAUUGAAGAUCGUAUUUUGGAAGUACUUUCAUCCUCUGAGGGUAAUAUAUUGGAAGAUGAAACAGGGUGCAAAGUAUUAACAUCUUCAAAGAUAUUAUCUGAAGAAAUAUCUGCUAAGGAGAAAGUUGCUGAAGAAACCAAAGUAGAAAUUGAUUCUGUUCGUUAUGGUUAUCAACCUGUUGCUGUGCAUUCUUCAAUCCUUUUCUUCUGUAUUUCAAGUCUAAGUAAUAUUGACCCAAUGUAUCAGUAUUCCCUUGCAUGGUUCAUAGCUUUAUAUUAUCAAUCUAUUGAAAAUAGUGAAAAGUCUCCUGAACUUGAAAAACGAAUCAGCUGCUUGAAUGAGCAUUUUACUGCCAGUAUAUACAGGAAUGUCUGUAGAUCCUUAUUUGAAAAAGAUAAACUACUUUUCUCCUUUCUUCUUUGUAUAGGUAUCUUACGUGGAAGGAAUGAAGUAGAUGAAGAUACAUGGCGAUUUCUGCUGACUGGUGGUGUUGCUUUAGAAAAUCCAUAUCCAAAUCCUGCUCCAGAGUGGCUCACUGAUCGUGCAUGGUCAGAAAUUGUACGAGCUUCUAAUUUACCUCCAUUAGAAGGAUUAAUGGAAAGUGUUCAGAAUAGAGUUUCUAGUUGGAAAGAAGUAUAUGAUUCACCUAAUCCACAUACCAUUGAGUAUCCUGCUCCAUUUGGGGAAUUAGAUGGGCUUAAUAAAAUGGCUGUACUGCGAUGUCUUCGACCAGAUAAGCUCAUUCCAGCUGUGCAGAAUUUUGUCUGGAAAAACAUGGGUCAGUCUUAUAUUGAACCUCCAACUUUUGAUUUGGUUGGAUCAUAUGCAGAUUCCAACUGCUGCAUACCUCUCAUCUUUGUUCUUUCACCUGGAGCUGAUCCAAUGGCUGCUUUAUUGAAAUUUGGAUAUGACAUUGACAUGACAGGCAACAAAAUUCAAAGCAUAUCUUUGGGACAAGGACAAGGUCCCAUAGCAAAAUCUAUGAUAGAUAAAGCUUUAGAAGAUGGUUCUUGGGUAGUUCUGCAAAACUGCCACUUAGCUACAAGCUGGAUGAAUACAUUAGAAAACAUAUGUGAAGAAAUCAUAACUCCAGAUAAGACUAACAUAAAUUUCCGCUUAUGGCUAACUAGUUAUCCAUCAGACACUUUUCCUGUCUCCAUCCUCCAAAAUGGGGUGAAGAUGACAAAUGAACCACCAAAAGGACUGAAAGCCAACCUUUUGCGCUCAUACAUCAGUGAUCCUAUAUCAAAUCCUUCUUUUUAUGAUGGCUGUGAUAAGCCAGAAUUAUGGCAUAAGUUUCUGUUUGGCCUGUGUUUCUUCCAUGCUUUAGUGCAAGAAAGAAGAAAAUUUGGUCCGUUAGGGUGGAAUAUUCCAUAUGAAUUCAAUGAAUCAGACUUGAGAAUCAGUAUGACACAACUUCAGAUGUUCUUGAAUGAUUAUGAUGAAUUACCUUUAGAUGCUUUGACAUAUUUAACAGGAGAAUGCAAUUAUGGUGGACGCGUAACAGAUGAUAAAGACCGUAGACUUCUAUUGUCACUGCUAUCUUUAGUGUACACCAAAGAUCUUAUAACUGAUGAAUGUUAUAAGUUUUCAGAAAGUGGCCUUUAUCAUAUUCCUAAAGGACAUGAAAGAGAAGAUUUUAUAGAAUAUAUACGCAAUUUACCUAUUAAUCCACAUCCUGAAGUGUUUGGUCUGCAUGAAAAUGCUGAUAUUACAAAAGAUAAUCAAGAAACACAACAACUUUUAGAUGGAAUUUUGUUAACUCAAGCUAGAUCUACUGGAGCUGGAGCACAAACUUCCGGUGAUAUGAUAUAUGAUUUAGCUGCUGAUAUUCUAGGAAAAUUGCCACCAGAUUUUGAUAUUGAAAUGGUGAUAGAACUUUAUCCAGUAGUUUACACAGAGUCAAUGAACACUGUACUGCGCCAAGAAUUGAUCCGUUUCAAUAGGUUAACCUCUGUUGUCCGUGAAUCAUUAAAAAAUUUACAAAAAGCAGUCAAGGGCUUGGUUGUUAUGUCUGCCGAACUUGAAGAAGUAUUUGAUUGCAUGUUGAUAGGAAAAGUGCCAACAAUGUGGGCAAGCAAAUCAUAUCCUUCCUUAAAGCCCUUGGGCAGUUACAUGGCAGACUUGCUAGCAAGUAUGGGUUGUUGAAGAGGGGACUUCUUCCUCAAAGCGGUAAAUUCAAGAUUUCACGAAAUAUUUGUUGACAUACUCAAUGAUUUCUACUAAUUCUAGGUUUGUUUGUUUAAUUUAAUACAACAAAGCACACUAGGGAUAUCUGCCAAGAUAAUUCAAGAGCAACUGAGGAACAGAGUAAAAGGAUUUGUCUUUAGAUGAAACACAAAGCUCAAGAAUUUUUUAUCAAUCUUGCACAUUUAACUAUUAUUUUUGAUUCGGAGACACACAUAUAACUAUUUUUGAUUUGGAGAUAUCAAUUCUAUGAAGAAGUAAAAUAUUUGCUUUAAAAGGUAAAAAUAAACUUCUUGUCAGUUUUGCAAAAUUAAGUAACAAGAAUUUUGCACUUUCUUUAAGUACAAAGCUAUAUAACAGGGGUGGCCAAAGUGCAGUUCGCGAGCCUGAUACGGCCCUCGCAAGCAAUUUGUGCAGCUCAUGCAUAUAAAAUAUAUAAAUAAAAUAUGGUAAACUAAAAUUAUUCAGUGUCCAAAAGGAAGUAAUUAAUUAGUUUAGACUCAUUUUACAAAGUUGAUGUAAAUAUGAACUUGUGGCUUUUAGAAAAUCUAGAUGCGACUCUCGAACAUUCCUGAAUUCAAAUGUCAACUCUGCUAUAUAAUGUAACAGAGCACUAAUGGAAAAAUAUGAAUCAAAGAAUGAAAAAAUAAACCCUCUUCUAAAAAUGCAUAUAUUUCAAAUCAAAAAAACAUCCAGCUCUUCAGCCAAUCACAAGAGAAAAUCAGCCAUGUGGGAUGAUGUUAAGAUACCAACAGAUUCAAUUAUUUCUUAUCAAAUCUUAUAUGCUACAAAGUGACACAAUAUCAGUAAAAUAAUGCAGCUUCUUGUCAAAAGGCUUCAAAUUGUGUAACUGCUCACAAAAUUCUAACCCAAAAUGCAAUAAAAAAUAACAUUGUUUAAAAUAAUUUAUGUGUGAAAAUGCAAACGUGUGUGUUUAAAGUGCAAUAAAAUGUGUGUGUUUAAAGUGCAAUAAAAAAUAACAUAUGUCUGAUUUAAAAAAAUGGAUAUUAUUUAGACAGAAAUCAAAUAUUAGCAAUUACUAAAUCACUGUAUAUCC